AGUAGAGCAACAGCCCGAACAGCUCUGCUCUGCUCUAGGGCCGCAGAAGAAGUACGUUGUCGGAAGCUCAAGCUAACGCGUUGGAAUUUGUGCAAGUUCUUGGCGCGGCCUCAACUCUGCAGCAAGCAUUGUGCGUUGGGAAUACAUCCACCGGGAUCGAUACCUGGCAAGGACCCAAGGCGCUUGAAGGGUGCCGCCCACCCAAACGGGAUCAGCGCUCCCGUGCCGCCCCGCCGUUUGCACUGGGGAACUUUCACGCAUUGGAACAUUCAUCUGCAUUUAGCAGAUAAGCACAUC